GAUCAAGGUGGGGAACAAAAUGAUGAAAGCCCUGAGUUCCAGACACAGAACCCCACAGAUGAACCAUCUGAAGAUGAUGAACCAGAAACCUCACCAUCCGAUGCUUUCCAGGACAGAGAUCCCAUGGAUGUCUACAAGCGAGCUGCUCCUCAGUUACUCUGCGACUUAGCUCGUCUUCUCUCACAGCAUCUGUGGUCAGAAAAGGGCUGCAUUCCUCGCGGGAUUAAUAAUAUUCUGAAUUACUCAUGGGACGACCUGACUGCAGGGGCAUCCAUACACUUGAAAAGUCCCACAGAGAAAGAAAAACGAUCGAAGUCCAAAGGUUGCCUGAAGCCAAAGAAUACUUCCCCAACGUUGUCUUCCACUGCCAAGUUGGAAAAAAGAGAAAGGGACCAGUGUACUGAGGGAAAUGUUGGCAGGUCUGAGAGAAAAGCCCGGGUUAGGUCAAAUGCACCAGUGAAAGAGCCCACAGACCAAAACUCCACUCCAGCUUCUGCUGCCUCAGCUGGAUGUGAUUUGUGUCCAGGCUGGAUUAUUCGGCCGAAGCAGCCCUCCUACGACGAGCCUCAAUGGAUCAGCGCGUGUCAGUGGGCGGUGGAGCGGCUGCAGGCAGCAAGACAUCCUGAAAAGCUGAAAACAUCUGAGCAGGAUCGGAGCAAACCUGUCGUGAUUCGUCACUAUGGUGAUGCAAAGACUAAAACCAAAAGGGAAGGGAGUAAGGUCCAGCCGGCCGCUUUAGUUAACGGCAUGCCACAUAUACCGGAGAUAAAGCUGCAGGAUUCUGUCCGGCAGAAACUGCACUACCGGAUCGAUGAUGGCUCCUCGUUCAUUUACUACCGGUCAGGUGGCGUGGCGGUGUGCCAGAGUCGCUCAGGUCUUCCCUCCGGAGGAUUCUACACCAACGUGUUCAGUGAAGGCAAGCGUCCUCUCACUCUGGCUACCAUCACCGCAUCCGGGCACGGGGCAGUUUCACACCCUUAUCGCUCUGCAAUCACAGCAGUUUGGGAUCAGAAUGGUGGAUUUCUAUAUGAUGAUGAUGGAAACAUAACUAAGGAGUGGAACUGGCAGACUGCUGGCACACUGAAGGAUAAGAUUGUAGUAAAGUUGUCGGAUCUGAUAUCCGUGAGGCUCUUCAGUGGGGUGUCCGGUGUGCUCAGCUUCAGAUGUGGCAACGAAAGUGUUCAACUUCCCCUUUCUUCACAGCCUAAUACGGACUACUCAAAGAAAGUGGGGUUUGUCCAGCUACCCAGAGAGGUGGAAGGAUUCGAAGAGGAUUCAGCGUUGUGGAGAAAACGAGAGCACGGUGGCAGGGAGCUCAGAAAGCUCCAGCAGAGGGUUCGAAACACCGUGGAGGACUGGUUGGACUACUAUCGUUCUGCAGUUGGUAUCAAGUGUCCUGACACGGAGCGGAUGCCGGAGGCCUUAAUGAGAACCCGGCACAGGAGAGAGGCUCUGCCCUCUCUGAACCCGCCUGAACGCGCGGGCGGCGCUAAGCCGGCCGGGCCGGAGCAGGGCAGGAGAGAUGGAUUUCAGGAGGUUCACGGACAGCUCUCAGCCUCAGAGGAAAGGCCUCUGAACUGCCCCGUCCAGCUGCCCAGGACACCUAAAAAGCGAGCCAGCGUGAAACAUCCUGUUGUGCGGAUAGGACCCCUUCAAAUCCACGGCAACAUCAAACCUGAGUCGGUGAUCCUCCGGGGUAGCGCCAAGUCUGAGUCGUCUGCUGCCACUCACAGUCCGGAAAUCGUGGCACCGUUUGCCUCCUCCGUCCCGCUCACAGUGUGCCCCGCUCUGCUGAGAGCCGCCCUGCAGGGGGAGGGGCGGCGCAGGAGAUGCUGCUGCAGCGCCACACUGAUGCCAGCAGUCACAGACCUGGAGUACGAUGCCCUCAUUAAGGGCCAGCCUCCACACAGUCAACAGAUCCUGGUGGUGUGUGUAGCAGUGCAGGGCAACACCAGCAACACACACGCAGUCCAGAGUCAGAAAGCACUGGAGGAUCUUUACAGAAAGAGGAACAAACACAGAACAAUGCCCUGCACUCAGUGUCAGACGGACUCGUUUCGGCUGCUGAGGUACGAGAUGUGGGCGGGGAAAGCCGUCCCCGGGCUGGAGAGCGGGCUGCUGCAGCAGCGACACAACGCUGCCCCUGGGAUGGUCCUGAUGUACAUUCGAGGGAAGCUGCUGUUUGUGGGGUACAUAUUCAGUGAUGCCAAAUGCUCUGCCAGGGACCUUCUAAAGCAAAUAUCCAGAAGCCGAGAAGAUCACAGAUUAGGUGUGAGUCUCCCUUCGGAGUACAAGUUCAGGUACUGUUGCUCCAACCACUCUGAUCUGAUUAUUUGA